CUUCCUCCUCCAGUGCCUCAAAAAGUCGCAUCGGACUACUUAUCAAGCCACUCCCGUCCAAGAUGGUCCUGUUCUCCGCGCUCAUCGCACAUUGCACCUAACCAAGAAGAACUCAGGAGUUCAAGGAUCCCAAUCCAACUGCUUUCAGAGGACCUGAAGGGCUUUUUCUGAACCCCCUUCCCCCUUUUCUUAAUCCAUGAGCAUCACUCACUUUCCAGACACCCCAGGUACCCUGGCUCCUGACUUCUCUUUCCUGCUUUAACCCACAGAGCCCAGGAGUCUUGGCUGCUUCCCACUAUCACUGCCUCCAUGGGAUCCCAGUUACUCCUCUUUGGGCUCCCUGCCCUUGGGAUCUAUGCACUGACAUCUCACUGCCUGCGAAAGAAGCCACAUCUGCUCCACAAGCCACGCAAGUUUCCUGUUCAAUGCAGGCACGUCUCCCACCGGGGUGGCAGCGGAGAACGGAUUGAGAACACUUUGGAAGCCUUUAGCCAUGCACUGAGCCAGGGGACAAACCUGCUGGAACUUGACUGCCACUUGACAAGAGAUGGGGUUGUGGUUGUGUCCCACGACAAUAACCUGGAACGCCAGACAGGACAUAACAUCAAGAUCAGUGAGACAGACUAUGCGGAGCUGCCACAUUAUAAGGAUUCUCUGGAGGUGACCUUUUCCCCAGGCUGCUACUCCCAUGGAAAAGACCACCGGAUUCCACGCUUGGAGGAAGUUUUCCAGAAAUUCCCCAGAGUACCGAUCAAUAUAGAAAUUAAACAGGAUGAUAAUGAACUCAUACAAAAGGUAGCAGAUCUCGUCCGACAAUACAACCGCUCCCACAUCAGCAUCUGGGCCUCCUUUGAAGGGGAAGUACUGAAGAAAUGCUGUGCAGCAAACACGGAGAUGCCCUACAUCUUCUCCCUGAAGCGUGGCAUCAUGAUCCUUCUGCUGUACUACGUAGGGCUCCUGCCUUUCCUGCCACUAAAAGAAUCCUUCCUCGAGUUUGUGCUGCCCUCCAUCAUGAACAGGACCUAUUUUCCUGUUGAAAAGGGCUGUUUUGGAGCACUGCUGGCUAAAUUUACCCAGAGGGUGACCAUGCGGAAAAAACUUUUCCAGCAUCUGGAAGAAAGAGGAAUACAGGUUCUUCUCUGGGUUGCAAAUGAGGAAAAGGAUUUUGAGGAAGCCUUUAGCUAUGGGAUCUCUGGAGUUAUGACCGAUUAUCCCACCCGCCUCCGGAAGUAUCUAGAUGCUCACCCACUACUUUUCAAUGAAUGAUCCAUAAUGUGCAGAAUGGCUUCUUCUUGUAUAGGUUCCUUACUAGGAAAAGAGGUGCCAUGUAAGGGGUUGGAAGGAUAAGAAAGUCAUUCUGAAUUAAAUUUGGUAUUGGGGGGGGAGAAGGGGAUGAUACAAGGAAACAAAAAUUUAUUGUUACUAAUAAGGGGGUUGUAUUUUAAUUGACUGAGCAACAUAUAUGCAGAGUGUCAGACGCUAGGAUGUACCUGGCCAUACCUACUCCAGAAAGCACAGAAUUUGCUUAAAUUCUUCUUGUAGAAACCUGAAAAUCUAGACUCGUAUGUAGCUUUUAUUGGUUACAGCAACAAGACAAAAUAAAUAAAUAAAUAAAAA